UUAUUGAGUGGCGAGUCUCGCCAGAUAUGAUCUUUGGCGUGAGUGUGAGCCGAGACAGAAAACAGAGUAACGUUAAUCGUUAGAUUUAAAUAAAUAGAUAAAACCACACUGAACAUUUUCGUUUUAUGUAAGGAGAACAUCUCUUGAGCCAGGAUGUCUUAUAUGCUUCCACAUCUCCACAACGGCUGGCAGGUGGACCAGGCCAUCCUGUCGGAGGAGGACCGAGUGGUCGUUAUCCGGUUUGGCCACGACUGGGACCCCACCUGCAUGAAGAUGGACGAGGUUUUAUACAGCAUUGCUGAAAAGGUGAAGAAUUUUGCAGUGAUCUACCUGGUGGACAUCACAGAAGUGCCCGAUUUCAACAAGAUGUACGAGUUGUACGACCCCUGCACAGUCAUGUUCUUCUUCAGGAACAAACACAUCAUGAUUGACCUCGGGACUGGUAACAACAACAAGAUCAACUGGACCAUGGAGGACAAGCAGGAGAUGAUAGACAUAAUAGAGACCGUCUACAGGGGAGCCAGGAAAGGACGAGGUCUGGUGGUGUCCCCCAAAGACUACUCCACCAAAUACAGAUACUGAUGCCCCCUCCUUCAUUCAUUCUCCAGUCUACUCAUUGCCAUGUCCUCUUCCCGGAUUCCUCCAUGGGACUGUUUUUAUGUGGACAGUGAAGCGGCCUUGUGUAGGAUUUUAUUUAAAGGACUCCCCCAGUGUUGCAGUUACCAUCAGAAACUGCUCCAGCACACCUUUUCUGUUUUUCCUCUGUGUUGUGAAUAAAUAUUUCUAAGAAAAGUGUUGAAGGAAAUUCUGAGGGACGCACUGAAGGAAAGCAGUGUUGGGAAGUCAGUGUCUGAGCUGCCGUGUUUGAUAAGCCGUUUUAGUUCAUCUGCUACAGCGAAGAGGCUUUGUCACAUUAAGUGAAACCUCAGUUUAUCCAGCUCAACUGACCAGUAGUUAUGAACCUGAUGGAGCAGCUUUAAUACAAAACUCAGCUUUACACACACAUAUCACUGCUGUUGGAAGAAAACCUUGUAUCUCCAAAAUAGUAACUUUACAGGAGAAGGAAAAACAACACUUCACUUU